CUCUUUCACGUUCACUCACAAUCUCUCUCACACACAGUCACACGAAACCUCAUAAAAGAAAAGCUCCAUCAAUGGCGUCUUUAAGACCUCUCACCACCGCGUCAAGGUUGUUUUCCAUGUCCCUCCGCCGCCUCCACCACCACCGCCACACUGCUUUUUCUCCCGCCGCCUCUCGCUCGUUCUGUACGGGCUACCCCUUCAAAGGAGAUCAUACCCAAAAGACCUCCGUGGCAGGGGAGCCAUAUCGUGAGUUGAAGCUGGUGAACGGAGGCUUCUGCUGCAUCAGAUUUGACGUACCGGGUCUAACCACAAAGGAUCUGAGUGUGUGGAUGGACGAUUCUGGCGGUAUAAGGGUCGAGGGAAAGUGCCAGAGUGAGCCCAAGUAUGAGGAGGAGGGAAGGUUCUACGGAGCCACCAUUCCACCAUGUCCGAUGGUCUUACAAAUGGACCAAGUCAAGGCUGAGUUGAAGCAUGGUGUUCUCUGGAUUACCAUCCCACUUACCGAACAUGCCAAGGAGCCAAGAAUGUUCCAAAUGUUGCAGAAAAGUGAGAUUUGAUCCAUCUUUGAUUUGGAAUUUUAGGUUUUUUUUUGAGUUUUCGGAUAUGGGUUCUUGGUUGAUUUUGUUCAUUUCUGUUUUUUAAUUUGUGAAGCUGUCAAGGUGCUACUGGGAAAUCUGUCUGAAAAUGACAGCUAUGUUUCAUAUAUAAUAUUUGGAUGAAUGAAGUAGUA